AAGCUAGUGAAUGGGUGUGUUGGCGUUAUUGCUAUCUUGGACACUAUGAACGUGCUGGAGCCGAAUGUUCUACAAGCUGUUCGUAAAAGCAUCUUCGUUUUUAAAUCGAAAAAUUGGGCUGAAGAAGUUUUGAUAAGAGUCAAACUUAUGCUACACUGGGCCAUUAGUGCAGAGCGUGAAGGUAGUCAUAGAGCCAUUUUCGUAGCAAAGGUCUUACAUCAACAAGUGUUGGAGCAGCACUCGUAUAUGUUCGGACAUUUUCAUAUACAGGAUAUCAUUCUGAAUUAUCUUAACACCGAAGCUCCUACACCAGAGUCAAACUUUUUCCAUCAAGAGUUCGCAUCUUUAGUCACCCUGUUCAUCGAACUUAUUCACUUCAAAGUAUUUGAUCAUGAUAGGUUCGAAGUGUUCCGCUGA